UUCAUGCAUUGGAGAAAAUGUUCGUCACUCGUCGUGUACUCGUCAAUAUUUGCGCAUUAAUUUUCGCACUUCAUAUAAUUAUAUGUGAAGGUGGACAAGAGGAAGCUUGGAAUUGCUUAGAGGAACGAUGUUGUUCUAUUGACUUUAGUAAAAUGGUGGUGACAGUGGAUUUCUUAUUGUAUGCGUGUGGUCAAAAGGUCGAUAAUGAGUGGACGUAUAGCUUGUUUUUGGAUACCGGUGAAGAGAUGGACUACAUUGCCUAUCAUCCAUAUCAGGCGUUGGACGAGACACAAUACUGUGGUGAAAUUUGCGAGAAAAUCUUGGUUUGCAUCAAAUCGAACACAUUCAAAGUAUCCGAGGAUAUGGGCGGUUCCGCCAUUUGGUGUUUCCAGGGAAAUGUUGAUGUGAAUAACGAGACUUUAUAUAGCGAAGAUAAUAUUUGUUUCACGUUCCACGAGGAUGUCGUUGAUAUACCAAGCAACGUGGUGAAUUUCCUUUCAAGUUCAAAUAUUUGGUGAAUGUGGUCAGUACAUAAGGUAUUUUUGACGUUUCGGAGAGUAUAUGAUUUGUAGAAGUCUUUGCAUAAGAUAUUUUUUCUACAAGAGAGGUGUUAUUUUAGAA